AUGGAUGGGGUCGUAAACAUUUUCUCUGCGGAACCACGUGAUGAUGAAGAGGCCAUUAUUUCAGAUUCAGGCCAACUCUUUCCUUCUCUUUCAUAUUCAACAAGAAUCAAAGGUUUUGCAGCAUGUUUUGUACUUGGCGUCUUGAUGUCACUUCUGAGUAACCUGUUCUUCCUUUUACCAGGACGUGGUAUAAGUCUGUUCGCACUAUUUUAUUCGAUUGGAAAUUUGUGUGCUUUGGCAAGCACAUUUUUCUUAGUGGGUCCUGUCAAACAGUGUAAACGAAUGUUUGCUGAAUCUCGGAUUGUGGCCGCUUUGCUAUUUUUGGUAUUUUUGGCACUGACAAUCGUCUCGGCUGUCUAUUACAAAGCUCCCCUUUGUCUCCUCUUUUCUAUUCUUCAAUUCAUGGCGUUGACCUGGUAUUCACUUUCAUUCAUACCUUAUGCGCGGACGGCCGUACGAUCUUGUUUAACGUCUAUGUGCUAA